CAUCUCCAAAUGAAGUUCUUAGAAUGUACAAUGGUGUUUUCCUGGAGAGGAGGCCCAGGAGCCCGGCGAUUGCUCCUGGCGCUUCUGCUCCUUGCAGCUGGGAAAUCUGGGAGCGGCCAGGUCCACUACUCGGUCCCGGAGGAGGCCAAACACGGCACUUUCGUGGGCCGCAUCGCGCAAGACCUGGGACUGGAACUAGCGGAGCUCGUACCGCGCUUUUUCCGUGUGGCAUCCAAAGGCCGCCGAGACCUUCUGGAGGUAAAUCUGCAGAAUGGCAUUUUGUUUGUGAAUUCUCGGAUCGACCGAGAGGAGCUCUGUGGGAGGAGUACCGAGUGUAGCAUCCACCUGGAGGUGAUCGUGGACAGGCCGCUGCAGGUUUUCCAUGUGGAGGUGGAGGUGAAAGACAUUAAUGAUAACCCGCCGGUGUUCAGAGAAGUAGAACAAAAGGUACUUAUCUCUGAAUCUGCACCUCUGGAUUCUCAUUUUCCUCUAGAGGGCGCUUCCGAUGCGGACAUCGGCGUAAACUCUCUUCUGACCUAUAGGUUAGGUAUAAAUGAGUAUUUUACUCUUAAAUUAAUAACGAAAAACGAUAAAAGUAUAUUGCCUGAACUAGUUCUACGGAAGUCAUUGGAUAGAGAGGAAACGCCAGAACUUAAUAUAUUGCUGACCUCCCAGGAUGGCGGUAAACCCGAGCUAACAGGAUCUGUUCAGAUUAAAAUAAGCAUCCUGGAUGUGAAUGACAACGCUCCGGAGUUUGAUAAGCCUGGCUAUAGAGUAGUGUUGUUUGAAAAUGUCCCAAACGGCACGAGAGUGAUUCAAUUAAAUGCUUCUGAUCUAGACGAAGGGGUCAAUAGAGAAAUUUCCUAUGCAAUCAGACUGAUUUUGCCAGUGAGUGAGAAAUGCAUGUUUUCAAUAAAUGCAGAAACAGGUGAAAUCAGAAUUUAUGGGAAAUUGGAUUUUGAAGAGAAUAAUGAGUAUGAAAUUCAGGUUAACGCCAUUGAUAAAGGGAUUCCUUCCAUGGCAGGUCACUGCACAGUCCUAGUGGAAGUUCUGGACCUGAAUGACAAUACCCCUGAGGUAAUGAUUACUUCGUUGUCUCCCCCGGUGAGAGAGGAUGUUCAGGUGGGCACUGUCAUCGCCUUGAUCAGCGUGUCCGACCGUGACUCUGGCGCCAACGGGCAGGUGACCUGCUCACUAACACCCCAUGUCCCUUUCAAGCUGGUGUCCACCUUCAAGAAUUACUAUUCGCUGGUGCUGGACAGCGCCCUGGACCGCGAGCGCGGCGAACGAGCCGCUGGUGAAUCGCAUGGGAUCGGGCCGCUCGUCGCCACGGACCUGUCCGUGGAAGUGGCCGACGUGAACGACAACGCGCCGACAUUCGCGCAGGCUGAGUACACGGUGUUCGUGAAGGAGAACAACCCUCCCGGCUGCCACAUCUUCCGGGUGUCCCGCAUGGGACGGACGCCGCAGGAGAACGCGCCGGUGUCCUACUCGCUGGUGGAGCGGCAGGAAGCGAAGCGCGUGCGCGCUGGCUACGUGUCGCAGUCGAGAGCCGGCAGCAGGCAGCCGGUGUUUUCGGACUACUUCCAGGAGCUGAGCUGCCAGAAAUCUGGGCGAGUUUAUACGCGCGACGCCGGUCGCUUCCCGCUUCUGGGCAGCAACGUGACGCUGCAGGUGUCUGUGCUGGACGAGAAUCCAAACGCGCCCGCGCUGUUGCCGCCACGCCAGGGCGGCGGAAAGCGCAUGCGGCGCCCGCGAGCGAGCCUGGUGUGAUGUCGAGGGCGCGCAUUGGUGAAGGUGCGCGGUGACGCGACUCGCUUGCCGCGUGGCUGGCUGUCAGCAUCGAAGCCGCAGCCGGCGCAGGGUGGCGCGUACAGCCCGUUCCGGCUGGCGUUGCACACCGGCUUAAUCAUCAGCACGACGCCGCGAGCCUGGAUUCUAGGCGGAUCUGCCGCUGCCAGCCGCCUGCUGGUGCUGGCAGGAGGACCAUCGCAUGAGUCGGCGCUGACGGCCACGCCAAUCGUGUGCAGUUACCGCUGGUGGAGAGCCGCCAGGCGCUCAAGGCCCCCCAGGUGUUGGCGGGCGCUGGCGCCGGAGAUCGCGCUGGUGGAUGUCAACGUACCUGAUCAUCGCCAUUCAUGCGCGCUGGUGUCCAGCCUGCUGGCGCUCACGCUGCUGCUGCACGUGGCGCUAUGGUGUUCUCUUCGGCGCUUCAUGAGUGGGCGCGUGCGGGUUGCGGGGAAGCCCACGCUGGUGUUCCAGCGCGUGGGGAGCUGGUCGUACCCGCAGCAGAGGCGGCAGAGGGUGUGCGUUCUGGGGAGGGUCCGCCUCAAGACUGACCAUGGCCUUCAGCCCAGCCUUCCGCCAAAUGGGAGAAGAUUGUUUAAAUUCUUCCAGUGA